AAGAGCGUGACAGUUACGUUUACUGGCAAAAACUCGUGAUUAAUCAAGUGUGUUCCGCUACUAUAUAAGCUUCUUCGCUGAAAUUAUCGGUUAGACAGAAUCUACACUACAUUAGCACAAUCAGAGAAAUAUUCGAGAAAAAGAUGGCAGAUAACGCAGCCGAAGCAGCUCUGAAGUAUCUUAGAGACCCUGCAAUUGCUGCAGGACUUGGAGCUAUGGCAGUCGCAUCGAUGUAUUAUUUAACUUCUCGUCCAACCCCUCAGCCUUGUCCUGUGGAUCCCACGAAACAAUCUUACGAGUUACCGGAUGGAGAUUAUGCCAGAAUGAAUUCACUUACAACCGAACUUGUGGAGAAAUUAUUUGAAGAUGUGAGCACAAGCCAUGAAGCUUUCCUUCGUGGAAAGAGAUUAUCUGGUGACAAGCCAUGCCUGGGCUACCGCAGCAGUCCUGGAGGACCCUAUGCUUGGCUUACCUAUAAUGAGCCAAAAUGGUAACUGUUGUCUGCGAUGAAAGCAAGAUAAAAGUGUUGCUGGAACAGUCCGACAAAUGUCCCAAGUUGAAGAACAUUGUAAAGAUUGGAUCUUCUGUCACAGAUGAGGAAAAGGAAGCUGGAGAGAAAGUUGGAAUCAAAAUCACUUGUUUUAGAGAAUUAGAAGAAAUAGGAAAAAAUCACAGGCACCAGGAAAAGCCUCCUAAGCCAGAGGAUCUUGCCGUUGUCUGCUAUACAAGUGGUACAACAGGUAAUGCUAAAGGUGCCAUGAUAACGCAUAAAAAUGCGAUUGCAAUGCUGUCUGGACUCGUCUAUCUCGUUCAAGAGUGUGGAAUUCUGAUAUCAAGUGAGGAUGUUCACAUUUCGUACCUUCCGUUGGCGCACAUGUACGAGAGACUUGCUCAGCUGAUGUUAUUCACAUAUGGCGGAAAAGUCGGUUUCUAUGGUGGCAAUGCAAGAAACAUUCUGGAAGAUCUGCAAGUUCUCAAGCCGACAAUUUUCGUCUCUGUACCUCGUGUGCUUAACAGAGUGUAUGAUAAGGUAAUAAAACAGGCGUCUUCCAGCGCCGUGAAGAGUUUCCUCUUUAACUUGGCCAUGCGUUUCAAGAAGGCAGAGCUAGAGAGGAAUAUAGUCCGUAACGAUAGUAUAUGGGACUACCUUGUGUUCAAGAAGAUCCAGAACUCGCUUGGUGGAAGGGUACGGUUCGUUAUCUCUGGAUCAGCUCCUCUUCGAGAUGAUGUCAUGAUCUUCCUAAGAUGCGCCCUUGGAUGUCAGGUUUUCGAAGGAUAUGGUCAAACAGAGACCACUGCUGCUGCUACGUUGCAGAUGAUAGGAGAUCAAACUUAUGGCCAUGUUGGUCCGCCACUGCCUUGUAACAAAAUUAAACUUGUCGAUGUCCCUGAAAUGGAGUAUUACGCCAAAGAAGGAAAAGGCGAGGUUUGCUUUUAUGGGCCGAAUGUGUUCAAGGGAUACUUGUACGACGAGGAUAAGACAAAAGAAGCCAUUGACGAAGACGGUUGGCUUCACUCGGGUGACGUGGGAGAAUGGCAGCCGAAUGGUACAUUGAAGGUGAUCGAUCGGAAAAAACAUAUUUUCAAGUUAUCGCAGGGAGAAUACAUCGCACCAGAGAAGGUGGAGAAAGUUUACACACAGUGUUCAAUGGUUCAUCAAGUCUAUGUACAUGGCGACAGCAAAAAGUCUUGUCUGGUAGCUGUCGUUGUGCCUGAGAAAGAUCCAGUUGAAAAGUGGGCCGAGAAGAAUGGUGUUGAUGGUGACAUGGAUUCGUUCUGUGCCAACGAGGUCAAAGCAAUUUUCCUGACACCGGAGAUUUUCACGACCGAAAAUGGUCUUCUGACGCCAACACUGAAAUUCAAGCGGCCAGCCCUGAAAAAACAUUUUCUACAAACAUUCGAAGACCUCUACGCUACAGUACCGGAGUAAAUACAAUGUAAUGUUAAAAGAUAACUUUCAUUUUAUCCAAUUCCAUAUUAUCUUAUACGAACGAUUCCCUUUACACACUUUUUUAAAUACAAAAUAAAUAUUGUUGAAUUUGAUUUAUUCAAAAAAACAAUUACACAGAAAGGUAUUUGCUUAGGUAGAAAACAAAGUUACAGUUAAUGUUUCUAACUCCGUUGUUCAAGUCAGUCGUGUAGUAUGAUCGUCCGUGCGAGAGUUGCCCUGAAGAGGACUGGUGACUAAUGUUUCGACAACCUGAGCGGAGGUCCUCAUCAGCCCGUUGAUGACUUCUCUAACGUUUUUCAAAACGUGGGAAUCAGCCCAUUUCAGGCAAAACUCGCACACACAUGGUCGCACUGCGUCUGUAAGAUAGAAUAGGAGUUGGAAAAAUAUUUAUAUAUUUUAAAAUCUUUUUGUGCCGUUUACUUACUGUUUUCUGAGUUACACUAAGUAAUAGCUAGCCAAUCAGCGAAGCGCACGUUUCAGAAUUUUCGAAUAAGACGUCAUGGACCAAUCAAAUUUACGCGUAAACUUGGCAACUUGUGCUGCGAGAAGAUGAUAGGAAACCAAUCAACGAUCGAGUUUCUUUUUCCAUCCAAUCGAGGAGCAAACAACAGCGUGCUUUUUCUGAUUGGUUAUGUCAGUGUCACCUUGUCGACAAAAUGUUUCGUUUUGUUUUUAUCUUUUUUUUGUUUGUUAUCCUCUUUCUCUAAUCGCGAAAUUUAAACCAGUAGAGUGUGGAAUAUUGGACAGUUUUUGAAUGAAACUAUGCAAAAGGGGAAAUUGUUCAUGGGAUUUCUUAAAAUUGACUGUUGGCGAAAGACCUCGUUUUGUACUUGUUGUGGAUGUUCUUAAACCUAGGGUGAACAUCGGGAAAUAACGCGAUAUUUUGGUGUGAUUUUCAGCAUAAAUGAGUUUAGUAAUAACGAAACACUUCUUUGUUAAUUUAUAAUGGUGGUCAAGAUUUCAUGUCUCUUGAAGUAUUAUAGCUAAAAAAGGGGAAUUUUUUUAUAUAUAAGACAAGUCAUCAUCUUUUAUACACUAUGGUCACUAACUGUAAAGUAAUUAGAGUUGUGAUCGAUUGAGAACUCGAUCGCAAGAGCAAUUUUCAAACGAGUGUCGCAUGUUUUCCUAAAUAUUUACGUUCUUCCUUCACCUCGCUCAGUGACUAGCCUAGAAAAUAUUCCCGACACCUUGGCAACCAAUCAAACAAUGCAGAAUUAAAAUCAUUCGUAUUUUGGUCGCUCACGUUUUCCUGCGCUUAAUUCUAUUCGCGUGUAUUUUGACGCGAAGCUCUGUUUUGAUUGGCUGCUUUGAUUACUUACGUCACUCAAUCGAAAGGUGCUACAAUAGAUAUUUUUAAAAGUAGGCAUUCUUUAACCCUUUAACUCUCAUGAGUGACCAAGACAGAAUUUCUCCUUACCACAUCGAUGCAAUAUCAACCAAAUAAGUAAUGAGAAUAAAAAAAACUAUCAAUUAGGGUUAAUUAGUUGAUCCAAUACUAAAUUCUCUGCCUAACAUCAUAAGAAUUGUAUGGUUGACAGUAAGGAGAAUUACAAAUUUGAUCUGGUAGUUAAAGGGUUAAGUAUUCUAUUUAGGUUGAUCAGUGAUUUUGUUUCACUGACUGUUGUUGCUUUUUCAGUAUGUAAAAUUAUAAAUGACGUAAUAUAAUGAAAAAAAAUGAUAUGAUUUAGUUGUUG